AUGGCAAAGAAGAAGAAUAAGCAAAUUAUCCGGCCAUGGUGCUGGUAUUGCGAACGGGAGUUCGAAGACGAGAAAGUCUUGAUGCAGCAUCAGAAGGCCAAGCAUUUCAAAUGUGGAAUGUGUCCUCGACGCCUCAACACCGCCGGCGGCUUGGCCGUUCACAUCCAGCAAGUUCAUAAGUUAGAGCCCGAAAACCUCCCGCGCAUCGACAACGCGUUGCCGGGCAGAGAUGGGUACGAAGUGGAGAUUUUCGGCAUGGAGGGGAUUCCUGCCCCGGAUGUGGCGGAUUACAAGCGUCGCAAGGAGAUUGAGUUGGGACUGGCAGCGGGAUCCAUCUCGCAACCCCCGGUGAAGCGACAAAAGGUUGAGAGCCGACCUCUUUCUGAAGAAGAACUAAGGGCGCAACUCGAAGCCCAUAAAGCCUUAAUGGGUAGCGCUACCGAUGGAAAACCGUCUGCGUCUGCCGCUGACCCUGGUGCUGUUUAUGGCGCACCACCGCAAGCGUACUCGGCCGCUCCUGUGCCAGCCCCAAUUAUCCCUGGGCACCCCCCUAUGCCUGGAAUGCCUGGAAUGCCUCCCCCAUUCUUCCACCCCCCAGGUAUGCCUGGAGGCCCACCCUUCCCUCCGAUGCCUGGUAUGGGGAUGCCGCCUGGGAUGCCACCUGGACCCCCUCCUGGAUUUCCAAUGCCACCUGGCUUCCCAGGCAUGCCUCCUCCAGGAAUGCUUCCUCCUGGAGCCCCCCCAUUCCUGCCACCAGGGCCUGGUAUGCGCCCACCAUUCCCUCCUCCGCACGGUGUUGGCCCUCCGCCAACUUUCGUACCUGCAGCUAGCUCCCAACAAGCAUCUCCUCCACCACCGUCUGCCACGCCCAGUUCAUCAGGUGCGACACCUAACCCGCAACAGAUGUCAAAUAAUGUACAAUCUGCUCCGCCGCCCAACGGGCCUACAUUACCCAAUCCGGCGCUCGAACAAACUAUCCCGCCUUUCAAGAAAGCCACAAGUCUCAAGUAUUCUGAUGCCAACUUCUCUCCAGAAGAACGUCGUGCCUAUCACCCAAAGUACUUCACCCCAAAGACAAAUCAACCAUUGGAAGAGUCCAAAGGGAAGAAGAGGGCUAGAGCUGAGGACUUUCUCUGA